AACAAUUCAUUUUUCAUUUGCUUUUUACAUUUGUCAUAUUAAAUUAGAAAAUCAUGUUCUCGUUGAGGUUCCCUAUUGCACUAAAAAACAAUCUAAUAACUUAUCCACCAAAGAAAACAACUAAGCCUGCUCCUUCUUCUCAUUACCUUUAUUCCAAAAAUUCUCAAUCACACCUAUUCCCCUCACAACCCAUGAUCGUUACCAAAUGUGACACUAGGGCUGCUGUUGCAAAUAAUAUUCCAAAAGUGGCACUUGGGGACGAGGUGGAAGGAGGAACUUCCCUAGAUGAAGACUUGACGAUGCCGGCAGAGCUGAAGAUGGAGCUGAUGCCGAAGCAUGUGGCGGUGAUAAUGGACGGCAACAGACGAUGGGCAGAAAUGAGAGGGUUGCCAUUGUCGGAAGGAUACAUAGCCGGCAUUAAGUCAUUGAAAAGGAUGGUGAAACUAUGUUUAAGCUGGGAGAUCAAAGUUCUCACUAUUUUCAUGUUUUCCACCGAUAAUUGGGCCCGCUCAAAGGUGGUGGUUGAAUUCUUUUUCAGCCUUUUAGAAAGAUUAGUAAAUUCUGAAAUUGAAGCAAUCAUGAGAGAAAGAAUUAAACUAUCUAUGAUUGGAGAUUCUUCAAAGUUCCCCAAGCCUCUACAAACAAUGAUAACUAAUGUUGAGGAGAGUACUAAGAAUCAUUCAAAACUCCAAAUUAUUGCAGCAAUUAACUAUGGUGGGAAACAUGAUGUAGUCCAAGCAUGUAAAAGUGUGACCAAGAAAGUGCAAGAUGGCAUUAUUCAUUUGGAAGACAUUAAUGAAAACAUAGUUGAAAAAGAAUUGGAAACAAAUUGUACCGAGUUUCCUUAUCCGGAUCUACUAAUUCGGACAAGUGGAGAACUUAGAGUUAGUAAUUUCUUGUUAUGGCAAUUGGCAUAUACAGAGCUUUACUUUAAUCGACAACUUUGGCCAGAUUUUGGAAAGUCUGAAUUUGUAGAGGCCUUGAGUUCAUUUCAAAAGAGACAAAGACGUUAUGGUGGACGACAUUCAUCUCCAUCUAUCCAGUAAUAUGUUUGUUUUUAUCUAAAUCACCUUGUUUUCAAGAGAAGAUAUGUUCUCAUAAUAUGAAGUUUGGUUGUGGUGGUGAUGAUAAGAUUAGUUUAUCUCUCCAUCUCUCUAGGAAUAUGUUUUUAUAUUAAUCAUUUGAUUUUCAUGAGAAGAAGUUUUUAUAAUAUGAAGUUCGGAUGUGGUGGUGAUAUAUAUGUUGUAAUUGAAUAUUAGCUUGAAUAUAUAUGGACUAUAGUUUGUCGA